AUGGCAGCUUACGCCACCAACGGAGUCAAGGACUCCCAAAGCCUUGAUCAUUUUGAACAUGACAAGGUCACACCACGGAACUUGUCCAUGGCUUCUCGCCGGCUUAGUCAAGCUGAGGCGAUGAAACUCGCCGUCGAAGACGCUAUCGUGGACGAUGAGAUCGCCGAGUUCGAAGCGGCUUUGCAACAAACGCCAGUCAAGGGUACUUUCCUCAAUCCACAAAUCUCAUUUAGCGACCCACGCCAUUUUACCUGGCUUCUGGUUGGUUUCGCCUCGAUGGGUGGCAUGCUUUCUGGCCUCGACCAAAGUGUUAUAUCAGGAGCCUUGCUUUACAUGCCAGAUGAUCUCCAUCUCAACACCUCGCAAGUCAGCUUGACCAGCUCCGCUGUGCCUCUGGGCGCCAUCGGAGGUGCCUUGAUGCUAGGCCCUCUCAAUGAAUGGGUUGGUCGCAAAAUGGCGAUCAUCGUUGCGCUCAUCCUGUACACCAUUGGAGGUGCUCUGGAAGCCGGUGCCAUAAAUUUUGGCAUGAUCGUUGGCGCAAGAGUGAUCCUCGGCAUGGGUCUCGGUCUUGAAGGAGGUACCGUCCCUGUUUACGUCGCCGAGUCCGUCGAGAAGAAGUACCGUGGCAACCUGGUCAGCUUGUAUCAGUUCAUGAUUGCCUUUGGUGAGGUCGUUGGCUACGUUGUUGCCGCCAUCUUCGUCAAUGUUCAUUCGGGAGGUUGGAGAUACAUGCUUGGUUCGUCGCUGGUGUUCUCCACGAUCAUGUUGGUCGGUAUGGUUUUCAUGCCUGAGUCACCCCGUAUGCUCAUGCACAAGGGAAAGACCUUGGAAGCGUUUGCCGUGUGGAAGCGCAUCCGAGGUCUCGCUAAGCAGGAAGACCGCAAGGAGUUCUUUAUUAUGCAUCAUGCCCUUGACUCGGAGGUCCAUGAAGGUGACAGCAAGCGCAAGAGAUUUGUGUGGCUGGAUUUCUUCACGAAUCCUCGCGCUCGUCGCUCAAUUAUCUACGCCAAUAUCAUGAUCGCCCUUGGGCAGCUAACAGGUAUCAACGCCAUCAUGUACUACAUGUCGACGCUUAUGUCGCAGAUCGGUUUCGACAAGAAGCAGUCGGUCUUCAUGUCUCUUGUUGGAGGAGGAUCUUUGCUCCUCGGAACCAUCCCCGGAGUCCUCUACAUGGAGAAGUUUGGCCGCCGAUUCUGGGCAAACACCAUGCUGCCGUGCUUUUUCAUCGGUCUGCUCUUCGUUGGAGUGUCAUACCAAUUGACCUCGUUCAGGGCGACUGAGGGUCUGUACCUCACGGGUAUCAUUCUUUACAACGGAUUCUUCGGCUCCUAUGCCUGUCUCACCUGGGUCAUCCCCUCCGAGGUUUUCCCGACCUACCUGCGAUCUUAUGGCAUGGAAUCCACCGAUGUCAAUUUGUUCUUCGGCAGCUGGCUUGUCACGUAUUUCUUCUCGGAUAUGCAGAGAGUAAUGACCAAGACUGGGCUGACUCUGGGAUUCUACGGAGGUAUUGCCGUUCUGGGUUUGAUCUAUCAAGUCCUGUUCAUGCCCGAAACCAAGAACAAGACCUUGGAGGAAAUCGACCUUAUCUUCAGUCAGCCAACUAGCCAGCUCGUCAGGCAGAAUUUGCGAAAUACUACGGAGGCUCUCAGCGAUGUGGCACAUUUCCGGUUCAGGAAGGUCUUCGCUCCUGUUGAGCAGACCACAGAAGAUGACCAGCAGAUUCAGGAGAUCAAAGUCUAA